GGGUUGUCCGCCGGAGCGGGGACACCGGGGACGAGGCGGGGGGCUGCCGGGCAACGGGACCGCGGGCCUGGGCCGCGAAGGAGCUGCCGGGCCCCAUCACCGGCGGACCGGGAGGAGGCGGCAGCGGAGCGAGGGGGAGGGAGCUAUGUGUGCCAGCGAUCACAACUGAGCAGGGGUGCUGCUUCUCCUCUCUUGAAGCUUUUCUGACUUCACAUGUUCUCGAGGAUGUAGUGAGAGGAGCUGCCCGAACCCAGUGGAUGGGGAUCAUAUUUGCGUAUAAAUGAUUAUCAUACACAUCUUUUGGAGAAGUAAGCCCUCAGGUUCCAAACAUGUUCAGUGCAAGCCAAUCCUCCAAAGCCCAGUUCCUGGACAAAGCGCGGCAGGCUCGGGAGGAGCGGCGGGAGCUGAAGGAGCGGGAACGAGCCGCCAUCCAGAUCCAGGCUUUGAUCAGGAGAUUUCUCUGUCGAUGUCAUCUGCAGAGGGGCAUAAGGAGAGAAGUGGAUGAUUUCUUUGGGGCAAGUGAAUCUGGCUCAAAUAAAAGAAGUGCUCUUUCUGUCUUCAAAAUUGCUAGGAAACUGCUGUUUGUAUUUAAUCCUAAAGAGGACAAAGAGAGAUUUGAAAAGCUCUGCCGGUGUAUUCUUAAUAGUAUGGAUGUUGAGAAUGAGCCCAAGGUGUGGUACGUGUCGCUGGCGCUCUCCAAGGAUCUUACACUCUUAUGGAUCAAACAGAUCAAAGACAUUUUGUGGUUUUGCUGUGAAUUCCUCAAGCAGCUUAAGCCUGACAUCUUGCAAGACUCCAGACUGGUCAACUUGCACCUCACAAUGCUCGUCACCUUCACGGACACUUCUACGUGGAAAAUUCUUCGGGGAAAAGGUGAAACCCUGAGGCCGGCCAUGAACCACAUCUGUGCAAACAUCAUGGGACACCUGAAUCAGAAGGGAUUUUAUUCUGUGCUGCAGAUUUUGCUAACUAAUGGCUUGGCAAGAUCCAGACCUUCCUUGUCCAAAGGCUCUUUGACUGCCGUCUUCUCCCUGGCAUUGCGCCCUGUGGUUGCUGCGCAGUUUUCAGACAAUCUGUUGAGGUCAUUUCUGAUCCAUAUCAUGUCUGUGCCUGCUAUAAUGACUCAUCUUGCUACUCUAACACCUGAGCGUCUGGGAGUGAUAGAAUCUCAUGAUCUUUUCCGCAAGUUUAUCCUAUUUUUAAGUCGUGAAGCACAAUGCCGAGAUGUCUGUGUAUGCCUGGAAGGAAGUCACACUCUUUGUUUGUUGGGUAAUCUCGUGUACCUGGGCUCCCUGAAUGACAGAGUUCUGGAGGAGGAGACGGCUCACUUUGUGGAUGUGCUUGUUCACAUGCUUUCCUACUGCCAGAAGUAUGUUUCACAAAAGAAAUCCAACCUCACCCACUGGCAUCCUGUUCUGGGCUGGUUUUCACAGACUGUGGAUUAUGGCCUGAACGAGUCCAUGCCUCUGCUGACAAAGCAACUGCAGCAUCUCUGGGGAGUCCACCUGAUCCGCAUCCUCUUCAGUGAUGUCCUCAGCAAGAAAUUACUGGAGAAUCAGGAAACAGCUCAGCUGCCAACGCAGCCCAUUUCCCCUCAGAACAGCCUUCCGAUGAAGAAUCUUUUCAAGAGGGCUUUCCAGAAAUCUGCAUCUGUCCGCAACAUUCUCAAGCCUGUUGGGGGCAAGCGAGUGGACUCGGCAGAAGUGCAGAAGGUGUGCAGCAUCUGUGUCCUGUACCAAACCACGCUCACAACACUGACACAGAUCCGGCUGCAGAUACUCACAGGCCUCACUUAUCUGGAUGAUCUGUUGCCCAAAUUAUGGGCUUUUAUCUGUGAGCUGGGACCACAGGGAGGGUUAAAGCUCUUCUUGGAGUGCUUGAAUAAUGAUACGGAGGAAUCCAAGAGGCUCCUGGCCAUGUUGAUGCUCUUCUGUGACUGCUCCCGCCACCUUAUCACGAUUCUUGAUGACAUAGAAGUCUAUGAAGAGCAGAUUUCAUUUAAACUGGAAGAGCUUGUUACUAUCUCAUCUUUUCUGAAUUCCUUUGUAUUUAAGAUGAUCUGGGAUGGAAUUGUAGAGAAUGCCCGAGGGGAGACCCUGGAGCUUUUUCAUUCUGUCCAUGGCUGGCUCAUGGUCUUGUAUGAACGGGACUGCCGCAGGCGCUUUGCUCCAGAGGAUCACUGGUUACGCAAGGACCUCAAACCCAGCGUACUCUUCCAGGAGCUGGACAAGGACAAGAAACGAGCCCAGCUGCUCCUGCAGUACAUCCCACACGUCAUUCCCCACAAGAAUAGAGUGCUGCUUUUCCGAAACAUGGUUACAAAGGAGAAGGAGAAGCUUGGCCUGGUUGAAACCAGCUCUGCAUCACCUCAUGUCACACAUAUCACGAUCCGCCGCUCACGGAUGCUGGAGGAUGGAUAUGAACAGCUACGGCAGCUUUCCCAGAACGCCAUGAAGGGAGUGAUCAGAGUGAAGUUUGUGAAUGAUCUGGGUGUUGAUGAGGCUGGUAUUGACCAAGAUGGUGUCUUCAAAGAGUUUCUGGAAGAGAUAAUAAAGAAGGUGUUUGACCCUGCACUCAAUUUGUUCAAGACAACCAGCGGUGACGAGAGGCUGUAUCCAUCCCCGACAUCUUACAUUCAUGAGAACUACCUCCAGCUCUUUGAGUUUGUGGGGAAGAUGCUUGGGAAGGCUGUCUAUGAGGGAAUAGUUGUGGAUGUACCAUUCGCUUCCUUCUUCUUGAGCCAGCUGCUCGGGCACCACCACAGCGUCUUCUACAGCUCCGUAGACGAACUUCCCUCCUUGGACUCAGAGUUCUAUAAAAAUCUCACUUCAAUUAAGCGCUAUGAUGGCGAUAUCAGUGACUUGGGCUUAACGCUGUCCUACGAUGAAGAUGUGAUGGGUCAGCUUGUUUGCCAUGAACUUGUUCCUGGAGGGAAGACCAUUCCCGUUACCAAUGAAAAUAAGAUCAGCUACAUCCAUCUCAUGGCUCACUUUCGGAUGCACACGCAAAUCAAGAGUCAGACAGCAGCACUCAUCAGUGGAUUCAGGUCAAUCAUUAAGCCUGAGUGGAUUCGUAUGUUUUCCGCACCAGAAUUGCAGCGGCUGAUCUCUGGUGACAACGCUGAGAUUGACCUCGAGGACUUAAAAAAACACACCGUGUAUUACGGAGGCUUCCAUGGGAGUCACCGGGUCAUUAUCUGGCUGUGGGACAUCCUGGCCAACGACUUCAGCCCCGAGGAGAGAGCCAUGUUUCUCAAGUUUGUUACCAGCUGCUCCAGGCCUCCGCUUCUGGGCUUUGCUUACCUCAAGCCUCCGUUUUCCAUCCGCUGUGUGGAAGUCUCCGAUGACCAGGACACUGGUGACACGCUGGGCAGCGUGCUACGAGGCUUCUUCACGAUCCGCAAGAAAGAGCCGGGCGGGCGUCUCCCAACCUCCUCUACGUGUUUCAACCUCCUCAAGCUCCCCAACUACAGCAAGAAGAGCAUCCUGCGGGAGAAGCUGCGCUACGCCAUCAGCAUGAACACUGGCUUCGAGCUGUCCUAGUGGCCCUGGACUCGGCGAUGGGGGCUCUCGGAGCUGCUGGCUGCUGCUGGAGGUGGAGGCCUUCGUGCACAGAGCUGCCAGCUCACGCGAGGGCUGGAGAGAUGCAGCUGAUAAUAAAGGUUUCCAGGGAAGAGCUGCUGGGCCAGAUAGGGCUGGCUCUUCUUGGGCACUGCUCCAGGAUGAAGGAGGUGACGGGCCUGACCCAAUGCACUUCACUUGACACCCACGUAAAUCGUCUUUAAAAGCAAACCCUAGGGGAGCACAAAAGGAACAUUAAAAGUGCCAGUCAGAUUAGUGACCGUGAUACCCCCAGCAGGCUCUGCAGUCUGGGCAGCUGCUGCUGGGGGAGCCUUUCUUUUUCCUUUCCCAGGAGAUGGUCCAGUUUCUUACUGGGUGGAAGUCGGUCUGUGGGAAGCUGCACAAAGGCAGAAACGUGACAGAGCCCACGAGGAGACGAGCAGGAGGCUGCAGCGUUGGAUGUGCCACAAACGGGCACUGUUCUCUCAGGUCAGGAGUGCAUGGGGGCUGCCCGAUGCCCUCGCUCUGUGCGAGUCCCUUGCAUUUGUCUUGGAGAAUGAACCACUUGCCCAGACUUGAGAAGCAGCAGGUUAAACACAAGCAGAUGGACUCUGCCACUCUCAGGAAGGUUCCCGAGUGCGGGAGGUUAAGAGCUCAAGCAGCAGGCGUGGGGGUCAGCGUGCUGAGCCAGCUGCGUCUCUGCCAAGCUCUUGCCAGAGCCUGUGCUUCGGACAAGAGGGUUUGUUGCCUGAAUUUGCUCAGGAGCAGAAAAGGUUCAAUUUUAUUCAGUUUCCAGAGGACAGGCGGUGGCGCGCAGCUCGGGCAGCCCUCGCCCCCUGCGCGCUCUGGAAGGGAAAUGUGUCGAGUUGCCGAGAGCCCUCUGGAAACCUCCGCUGGCAAAUCUCCUCUUGCUCGGGUAGAGGUUUCACUUUGUUUGCAGGCUCUUUUGUGAUGGAGACAUGCUGUUUCGAAUCAGGACUUGGCCUCUGCGUAACAGCCACAUUCACUUUGUUGCCAAACUAUUUAUUUUGGUCACUUUGUCUCAUUCUGGCCUUAUUUUUAAGGGUUGAUGUUUGCCUGCAGCAGGCAGCGUUUUCAGGUUGCUCUGAAAGGCAGGGUGUGAGUGGGGAGUUUGCACGUGUGUGUGUUUUGAGGAGGUUUGGACCUUUCCUACCAUUUCUAAUGAAGUUCAGAGCUUGAUUCAUAAAGUGUCUCUGCAACUUCCCAGCCUUGGUCCCUUGCUGCUGCAAGUCCUGCCUGGGCCCAGACCAGGUGAGAGGAGGGACUGUGAUCUCCUGGGCUGCUCAGAUCUUGCGGGGUUUCUGGCACAAAGGAAAGCCAUGUACAUUCCCCUGUUUGGGACAGGAUUAAAAACCAGUCACCCUCUCGCCUUCCCCAAUUCUGCUCGCUAAUAAAACAAGCUCACUGAUAAAGCAGAGGCUGCUGCUCUCUCCCCUGGACUUCCCUUUCCCCCCAGACUGUCCUAUGGCACCGGUGACCCUCACCCUGUGCUCUGGCUCCUCUGCAUGGCUCGGUGCUUUGCUGCACGAGGCAGCUGGCAGCAGCCAGACCCUACCUCAGCCUUGGUCCAUCCCUCAAGUUGCACCAGGGAGGUUUAGAUUGGACAUUAGGGAAUAUUUCUUCCUGGAAAGGGCUGUGGGGCAUUGGAACAGGCUGCCCAGGGCAGUGGUGGAGCCACCGUCCCUGGAGGGGUUGAACAGAUGCGAGAUGAGGUUCUCAGGAAUGUGGGUCAGUGCCAGGGGUGGGUUAACGGUUGGACUCGACGAUCUUGAGGGUCUUUUCCAACCAAAUUAUUCUGCGAUUAUGUCCCGCAAAGAUUCACAUCCCCAGGUGUGCACGUUUCUCUGCACAGAGGAAGCUCCCUGGGCUCUUUGAAGACCCUCUGAACCACGAUGUGUUGCACAUUUCAAACAGACAAGAAAAUACUUUGUGCUGUUCAACCAAGAGAACAGAGGUGGCCUUUGCUUUGUUUUUCUUGUCUUGCUUCAGCUGGUUCUCAGAGAAGUAACCCCUUUUUUUAGAACCAAUGCCUGGAAAUGCGUCUGGAAAACCACAUCAGGAUGCUUUUUCUAUGUCAGCUCAGUAAUAUUAAACAGGAGUGAUCGGAAGCAUUAGUGAGGACAGGAAUGUCUGCAUUCAGAGGACUCAAGAUACUGGACUGAGUCCAGAGAAAUUAAAAAUGUUAAUAAGCUGCUUUUUUUAAAAUUGGAUUUCUUUUUUUACAUAGAACAUUUCAGCAUUAACCAGUUGUUAAUGUGUAGUUUGGAGAUUUUAGGCACUGACUUGUACCAAUCAUAGUUUAAAAUAUCAGACGAGCUCUUUUCUUUUUUUAGGGAAGAGCGGUGUCUGAGUAGAGCACAAUGGUUGUUCAGUUGGGUGGAUUGUUGAACACAGCAAAGUAAAAUCUUUGUUUCCCUUUUUUCCUGCCUUCCUCAGGAGUACCAUUCCUAGCAAUGAUCUUAAUGCAGACUUAGCGAGGUCCCUCCAAACCAGGAAAUAUUGCACUACCAGACCCUACAUCCAGUUUUGUAGCUAGUGUAGAAAACGUGAUUGUCUAGUGUGUGCUCUGGGUGGUUGUGUGUGCAACGACAUUGCUCUUGAGCAGCUGAUUUCUGUAUGACUGGGAGGCUUUAAUGCAUUUUUACCUGAGCAGAAGGCUGUGAACGUGUGUCGGUCCCUGCCUGCACCACGGUGUUCUGCGCGGUGUUCUUCGUAGAGCAGGGACGCUUCUGCCAUGUGAGAUUAAUGACUGUUUUUUCUAUAGAAAACUCACUGCUGGGGAGACCUUGGUUCCAUCCCUUGUAUCAGAAAUGCAGGAAAGAGAAAAAUAAACCUGGUAUGAUAAGAUGA